CCGUCUCAGCCACCGCAUCCGUGUGCUGGACUGGACUAAAUUGUGAGGUGGGGAGAGGGCGUCCACAGUUGCGAACACCCAACACCGACCACCGAUCACCGAAUAAAGCCCAAGUAUUCGGUGCUCGUCAGGUGCAUAACAGGGAUGGAUGGGUACACGCACAUGUGGGUAUGCAGAUGGAUGGACCCCGCUUUGCGCCUUCAACCCCUCCUCGUCCUGAUCAUCAUCAUCCUCCUCCGCCUCGACGAACCCUCCCGUUUGUCGUACUGUGAAUCGCAGAGCCACUGCUCAGCCUUCCAGAAGAGAGCAUAAACCCCCGGUGUCCAUCUUCCAGAUCCCGAGGUUCUCAAGUUGUCAAGUCGCAAUGUCGGAUCCAAAGCAACCCACUGCCACUGCCACUGGCCCGAGCGAACCGGCGCCUGCACCGACGGGCGAGGCCCCGCCCCAGUGUCCACCUGACCACCACCAGCAGCAGCAGCAGCAGCAAAGCCAGUCGCCACUCCCACCCCCACCCCAGCAGUCGCAGUCAAACGUUCCGGGGGGAUAUACCCCCGGCCUACAGCAGCAGCUGCAGCAGCUGCAGCCACAGCAGCCGCCGAACGUGGGCUAUCCCCAGCAGCCACUACAGCUGCCCGUGGCGGGAUAUCACCAGGGCCCUCCUUCGCCUGGAGGUUAUCAGGCCCCGCCUUCGCCCGGUGGUUAUCAGGCGCCUCCAUCCCCCAGUUUCACUCCACAAGGCCAGUAUAGCGCCCCACAAUAUCAACAGCAGCCACCGCCGCAAGGCUACUAUGCUCAACCCCAACAGCCCGGGUACUACGCCCAGCAACCGCCGCAGGCCUAUGGACAGCCACCACAGCAGCCUUAUGGACAGCCGCCUCCACCACAGCAGCCAUACGACCAGCAAGCACCACCUCAACAGGCUCCGUACAAUCCGCAGUUUGGCUAUCAACCACCGCUUCAGCAACCAUACUAUGCGCCACCACCACCACAGGGCUACCCCCCACCGCAAGGCUACCCGCAGUACAGCCAGUCUCCCAUGGAUCCCAACAAUCCCAAUCCCGCUAUGGGACAAUACUACCCUCCACCCAACCCGCCAAAAGUCUAUGAGUACAGUCCGGGCUACGCACCCGGCGAGAUGGCCAUUGGCUACGACCCGACGACCGACGCCGGAGUGAUCAAAAAAGCCAUCGGCGACACCCGCAUGGACCUCGACGCCCUCCUCAAGAUCGUGCCCAAACUCACGCCUCUGCAGCUCGAAUCAUUCAAGCCGCACCUCACGGCGAACCCGCAAGACCUCGCGCGCAACACCGACGAGAUCGUCAAGACGGGGGUGUUAGGCCUGCUCAUGGGGCCCAAGGACUUCGACGCAUACAUGCUGCACCACGCGCUGAGCGACAACGGCAAGGCGAAGCUGUCGUCGACGUUCAAGAACACGUGGAUCCUCUCACUAGUCCUACUAAACCGCAAAAGCGGCGACAUUGAGGCGAUCAAGGACUCGUACCGGCGACGGUACGGCGACACGCUUUUGCACCUGCUGAAGGACUGCCUACGCAAGGAGCCGCUGCUCGCCAACCUAUACAUGAACGUGCUCGAGAACCACUCCUACCCAGGACUAUGUGAAGUUUCCGACCCGGCGGCGAAAACGGCGCUGCAGGCCGCCAUAGACAAGGAAGCCGACGAGCUGUUCACCGCCACCGUCGGCACCGUAGAGGGGAAUAAGUUCGCGUGGACGUUCACCAGCAGCUCCCAUGAGCGCCUGAAGGAUAUUGCAGCCGCAUACCAGAAGAGGCAGGAUUGUGCGCUCAUCGAUACCGUCAAUAAGAAGCUCAAGAAGCUCGAGGCCCUCAGGGAUGAGCUGGCGUAUAUGCUCGCCGGCCUCACGGAUGAUGCGCGCGCCAAUAGGGACGCGCUGCUGCUGGAGAAUACUAUGAAGGGCUUCGGAACGAAAGAUACGGAACUAAUCUUCCGGCUCAUAUCGAUCGCGUGGGAUAAGGACCGGCUAGGAGCGGUCAAGGACGCGUACAGGAAGAAGUUUGCGGCGAAGGUCAGUCUGCAGGCACGCAUCGAGGGCGAUACUAGUGGCGACCAGGAGAAGUUCCUCGAGGCCGUGCUGUUGAGUGAUGGGAGGAGGGGCUGAGGGGCUGGGAGGGGCU